UGUCUAUGUUAUGCCAGUUAUUGAGUCAAUUGUUAUACACAUUACUAUUGCAUUGCUAUUAAUAUAUUAAUUGAUUUAACAAUUGAUUGUAAAUAAUCGCAAUUAUAAUACAUUUUAUGAGCGCCAGAUCUAAAGUGAUGUCCAAUUGGACAUCGAGUUUAGUGGACAGUGAAUCACCCGAUGUUGUCGACCAACAAAUGAAGAGUACUCAUAAAUCAAGUCAUAAUCGACUGAACCGGCGGUCGAUAUGUGAUUCACCGAUAAAAGACAACAAUUCAUUGAAAGUGCUGUCAAAUAACAAUUCAAGACAUUUAACAAAAACAGAUGAUUCACACGAAUUAACCAAAAUUAAAAACAAAUCAAUUGUUGACCAAAAUAUAAAUCAUUCAUUGCAUGAACCAAAUGAAGAGACAAAGUCAGAAAUUUUAAGAAAAUUACGAAAACAUCGAUUUUCGGCUAAUUAUUAUAGUAAUAACGGCGCUCCCGAAGUGUCCUCAAAAGUGAUAUCAAAUGAUAAUAAUGAUAGUAAAUCUGCCAAUAAAGUGAUUGACAAACAGAUAACCAAUGAAAUGAUAGAAAUUAAGGACAAUCUCAGUGCCAAUACAAGAGUUGACCAAAUUAUAGCAAAUGAAGAACAAAGUGAUGACAUUGAGUGUUGUUUUGUAAAUAAUUGUAACCAAAAAGUAUCGACUUUUCACUUAUUUGACAACAAAUUCUGUUCUUCGAGAUGUGCUGUCUAUCAGUGGACACUUGACUUUCACAAGACUUUCGGUCAAACAAAUAUAGGUUAAGACAUAAUCUUAUAACUAAUAUAUUAAAACAUAUCAAUAAUUUAAUAAUAAUAUUGAUAA